AUGACAGAAGUUAUUUGGAUUCCUCCUAUAGGUGGUACCGUUAAACUCACCUGUGAUGGGUCUUCUGUUGGGGUCCAUCCUUGUGGGGCCAUUGGCAUAGUGCUUAGAGAUUCCCGGUUUGUGUUUUUGGGGGCCCUCUCUAGCAACAUUGGACAUGCUACUUUUAUAGAGGCUGAAUUUUGUGCCUUCAUGCUAGCCAUUGAAAAGGCCAUGGAGAUGGGUUUGAGCAACAUCUGCCUGGAAACUGAUUUCAUUAAAGUUGUUCAAGCUUUUCACAAGAUGGUGGGUGUUCCUUGGAAGAUGAGAAUCAGAUGGCACAACUGUCUCGGGUUUUGUCAAAACAUUGCUUAUGUUUGUGUGCAUAUUCAUAGGGAAGGCAACAUGGUUGCAGAUGCGUUGGCCAAGCAUGGACAAUGGCUUUCUCUGUUUUCCUCAUAG